AUGGGCUUUGGAAAUUCAAAGCAAGACACUGUUCAUGACCCCGUGAAACCAAAUAGCCAAAGAGACACAAGUAAUGCUUCCAAGAAUCAAAACCGCGUGAAACAGAAAUACGAUUACCAAUUAAUAGAUCAACAUGCAAGACAGGCACCAAAGGGUUUGAACAAUUCUGCAGAAGAACUUGUGGCGUAUUUGUCAUCGGUUUCUAAAGAUCCAAGAAUGCUUGCAAGAGGAUUUUUCGUCUGGAGCUCAGAAAAUAUAAGGUAUGACUUUGAUGGAUAUGUUGGGAGAUCGGAAAAGGCCCCACAUGACCCAGAAUCAGUCAUGAAAAAUGGUAAAAGUGUGUGUGAAGGAUACGCAAGGGUGUUUGAGUUGUUAUGCAGUAAAGCUGGGAUUCCGGUAAAGAUUCUAUCUGGAUUUUCGAAGAGUUAUGGCUAUUCACCUUCCAAACCUUUUUCGUUAAACACAAGAACAGAUCAUGCAUGGAAUGCAGUCCAACUUGAGGGAAAAUGGUACCUUGUAGACUGUACAUGGGGUUCAGGUCACCUUGAUAGUAAAACAAAUAACUUUAAAAAGGAAUUUAAUGAUUUCUACUUCCUUACAGAUCCAAGGCAAUUUAUUUCUGCUCAUUUUCCAUACAUGGAUAAUAAUCUGCAAGAAAGUCAGAAAUGGCAGUUAUUAUCCAAGCCGAUCAGUCUGGAAGAGUUUAAUAAAAACCUAAAAUACAGUCCAGCGGCUUUCAAAAUAGGAGUGCAGGCAGUAAGUCACACAACAGCAUAUUUUAAAAUGAAAAAUGAAUUGCAGAUGUCUUUCAAAAGUCUUGGAAAGGCAGAAAUCAUAUUCUGUUCCAGAUUAAUGUAUGAAGAAGGUAAUGGGUUAAAAGAACAAGGAAAUUCAACAUUUGGAUAUCACGAAAAAGAUGUUUACAAGAUUUUAGUUCAUCCACAAAAGCCGGGUAUGUACGAGUUAACCUUAUUUGGUAAAUUUGCUUCGGAUGAUAGAGACAAUAUUAUACCACAGGUAUUGGAGUACAAUUUCGAAUGUACAGAAGUUUCAGACGAAUCCCAUGAAUACCCACUUGAAUAUGAAGCAGCGUCUGUUGAAAAAUGCAUAUUGCAUCAGCCUCUCAGGGGUAAUCUCCCUUGUAACACUGAAAUUCAUUUUCGUAUCUCAGCACCCUAUCUUCAAAAUAUUCAGGUAGAAGAUACGUUACUUAAGAAGCAAGGUGCUAUGUUUACAGGCAAAGUUACAACACCUGAAAAAGGAAUUCAAGUAAACAUGUACGGUACAAGGGGAGAUCAAUACAGCAGAAUGAAUGGCUUGUACAAGUUUCAUACAGUGUGACUUCAUAAUUACAAAACAUCGCUAAGAUAAAAGAAAUUUUCACGUGGAGCAUUGCCUUCUUUGCUAUUAUAAAAGUCUGACUUUCAGUGUUCUUAAAGGUUGUCCUGCUGCUUUCUUGGGAUUUAGAUAAAUAUAUGCUUAUCAAUUAAUUUUUUAUCGUCAAAUAUUAUCACUUACUUCGUUGUCCAUGUAAAUGGUGCAGUCGUUCUAUGAAUUAGUUCAUAUGCAUUAUGCCAUGAUUUCCAUUCAGUAAAGAAUGUCAAAAUGUGAAUGUGAAAUGACCUACAUCCAGUCGAUUGUAAGAUCAGCUGAAAUCCUAAAGAUGCAUAGCACAAGCAAGAAAAUCAUGUAAACCUACGAGAAUAAACAUCUUCGUUAAUCACAAAUAUUCAUUUUAAAACCUGAUGAGUUUUAUCAAACUUUUCAUGUCAUUGUUUCCUAGGUAAUAGAGAUCCAUGAAGUCUUUACGUUUUUAUUUCCAUUUUGAUAUAAUUAUUUUGUAUUUUUCUUUUUCGAUUUUGUG